AAGGGAAAGGCCGUGUCUCAAGGUGCUGUUUACUGGUCUGUGUCUGGGAAUGAUGUGUUUCUUGGUUAUGUGGUCUUGUUUGGGUGAAGAAAAAGAGAAACAACCUCCACACAGCCUUUUGUUUCAGCACUUUGCAAAACUUCACAACUCCACAAACUCCGUCACCUCUCCUGCUGACAGUGUCUUAGAAAUCCCUUCAGAAGAGUCUGAGUCACUCACAAGCUCAUUUUACUCUGAAUUUGGAAUCAGUUCAGAACGUUACUCCAGUUUACAGCAGGAUCUCUACUGGGCCGGACCAGACAGAUCCAUUACAAAUGUGUCCGUGAGUACAAGUCCAGCUCACUCCACAUUCAUCAUCCAGAACCUGAAAGACAGCUACCAACCAGGAGAGGAGAUUUCUGUUAGGAUCCAGGCCAGAGAUUUUAACAAUAAUUCCAAACCUUAUGGAGGAGACUUCUUUCAAGCCAAGCUGUUCUCAUCUAAAAAGGCCAGUGUGUUUGGGGAGGUGAUGGACUUGCUCAACGGCUCUUACUCGGUGCGUUUUCUUCUGCCGUGGGUGGGACAGGCACAGGUGGCUGUGCGUCUGAUCCACUCCAGUGAAGCUGUGCAGGUCCUCAAGCAUCACAGAGACACUGAUUCUGACAGAGUUUUCUUCAAUGGAUAUUUUGAAGGACCAGGACCGGAUGGGACCAGACUUAAGGAAAACGUGAAGUGUAAUGUGAAGUGGGACAAGAAUGGACUGGAGAACAAGGGAACUGGAGACUGCUGCUGUGAAUACAAAGAUUCUCGUAGUGGAGAAGAAUGGCGCUGCCAGAAACCCAAAUCUCUGCCAUGCAGCGCCCGUGUGUAUCACUCCAUGGGAGGAUAUAUCAAAAGUGUGACUGCCACAGAAGCAAAGUUUAUGCAGCAAACCAACAAAGGUGUUAAUGGGCAAAACAGCAUCUUAAUUAUUCGUCCCUCUAAUGAAAGUGCAGGAAUUGAUUUAAGAGAGAAAUGUCGCCCUGGUUUGCACUCACCAGUUCCAGCUGGCUUUUACCUGAAUGAUGUGUGGACUUCCUUCGUCUGUAAAACUCGUCAAUUUGCCCCCAAAACAACAACAAAAUGCCUAAAAGACAAACACAUCUACAUGAUGGGAGAUUCUACUUUGAGACAGUGGUUUGAGUUCUUGCUGAAAGCUGUACCAAGUUUGAAGCAGAUGAAUCUGCACGUUCAGUAUCAGGCAGGACCUCUUCUGGCAGUGGAUGUGAAGAACAACAUUGACUUGCACUGGAGAGCUCACGGUGUUCCUCUGCGGUGCCGGAAAACUGAAAUAGCUAAUCUGCACUACAUCAGUAAUGAGAUUGAGGAUCUGGCUGGAGGACCUCACACUGUCAUUGUCUUUAAUCUGGGACCACACUUCACCACAUACCCUCUGGAUUUCUUCACCCGCAGAGUGUUGAGGAUCCGCAAAGCUGUUGUAGAUUUAUUACAGCGAGCACCAGCAACUGCUGUGGUCAUCAAAACUGUCAAUACUGGCUAUAAGGACGUGUUUGGCAGUGACUGGUAUUCUCUUCAGUUGGACAGAAUUCUGCGGUGGGCUUUUCAGGAUGUUGGUGUUUAUAUUUUGGACGUAUGGCAAAUGACAGCCUGUCACUACAACCGAGAGAACAUUCAUCCAGGGCCAGUCAUCAUCAAAAAUGAGAUGGACAUUUUUCUAUCUUUCAUUUGCCCUGAAUGA